GGCGCCGGCUCGGCGCUGGAGCAAGGCAGGAGUUCGCAGCGCGCUGCAGACUUGCACCACCGCGGCCCAGAAACGCUCGCUGUCCGCCCAUUCGGUCCCACUUGGCUGACUCGCUGCCCUUGCCGCCGCACCAUGGACGCCCCGAGCCAGGUUGUCAACUUUGGGCCCGGGCCCGCCAAGCUGCCGCGCUCGGUGUUGUUAGAGGUACAAAAAGAAUUAUUAGACUACAAAGGAGUUGGCAUUAGUGUUCUUGAAAUGAGUCACAGAUCAUCAGAUUUCGCCAAGAUUAUUAACAACACAGAGAAUCUUGUGCGGGAAUUGUUAGACGUUCCAGACAACUACAAGGUGAUUUUUCUGCAAGGAGGCGGGUGUGGCCAGUUCAGUGCUGUCCCCUUAAACCUGAUUGGCCUGAAAGCAGGAAGGUGUGCCGACUAUGUGGUGACAGGAGCUUGGUCGGCCAAGGCCGCAGAAGAAGCCAAGAAGUUUGGGACUGUGAAUGUCGUCCACCCUAAACUUGGGAGUUAUACGAAAAUUCCAGAUCCAAGCACCUGGAACCUCAACCCGGAUGCCUCCUAUGUAUAUUAUUGUGCAAAUGAGACCGUGCACGGCGUGGAGUUUGACUUUAUACCUGAUGUCAAGGGAGCAGUACUGGUUUGUGACAUGUCCUCAAACUUCCUGUCCAAGCCAGUGGAUGUUUCCAAGUUUGGUGUGAUUUUUGCUGGUGCCCAGAAGAAUGUUGGCUCUGCUGGGGUCACCGUGGUGAUCAUCCGCGAUGACCUGUUGGGCUUUGCCCUCAAAGAGUGCCCCUCGAUUCUGGAAUACAAGGUGCAGGCCGGAAACAGCUCCUUGUACAACACACCUCCGUGUUUCAGCAUCUAUGUCAUGGGCUUGGUCCUGGAGUGGAUUAAGAACAACGGUGGUGCCACAGCCAUGGAGAAGCUUAGUUCCAUCAAAUCUCAGAUGAUUUACGAGAUUAUUGAUAAUUCUCAAGGAUUCUACGUAUGUCCAGUGGAGCCCCCAAAUAGAAGCAGGAUGAAUAUUACAUUCCGCAUUGGCAGUGCCAAAGGAGAUGAUGCUUUAGAGAAAAGAUUUCUUGAUAAAGCUCUUGAACUCAGUAUGAUCUCCUUGAAAGGACAUAGGUCCGUGGGAGGCAUCCGGGCUUCUCUGUAUAACGCCGUCACAACUGAAGACGUUCAGAAGCUGGCCGCCUUCAUGAAAAAUUUCUUGGAGAUGCAUCAGCUAUGAAAACAUCCUAAUCAGUAUAUACUCUGCCCUUGAAUGACUUGCAAAAUUGAAGUCAUCUUGGGAAUAGCUACCAAAAGUUAACAAAUACGGUUAUUUUUCUCAAAUGAACAUGCUUAUUCUAGAUUAUUUUUUCAGAGAACAACAGCAAAACAUCCACAGCUCUGCAAAGCUAGGGAGACCUAAUCAUCUUAAUUCUGACUUGAACUGGAAGCAUUUUUAAAAUUUUCCUAUUGCUUUUCUAAUGAAUUCCAGCUUAUUUUGUCUUUGCUAUUGCUUUUUCUAGCUAGAGCUCAGUAUUCAAAUGCACCUGUGGACUUAAUAAUGCAAGUUGCAAUUAAUUAUUUCGGGAACUGUGGGAACACACAGCAUGGAGGGUAGGUGGGGCCCUCUAGGUGCUGAAUCUAGACAGCGGCCGUGGGGGGCCUCCUGGUUUCGGCAGCUGUUGCUUAAGAUCGACAUGGAUAAUUUGGUGAGCGUUUAGGAGUACCAGGUAAAAGGGCAAACUGCAGAUUUUUCUCAUAAAGAAAUAAAAAUGACUAUAUAUGAGAUCAUAUAGGUCUUUUUAAUACCAUAUACUUUAUAUUUCUAUGCAUUUAUAUUUCUAAUAAUAUGGUUCUCAGUAAUACCUGUAGAGAUUUUUAGAAUUUGUUAAAUCCUUGUGCAUUGUAGCAUUGCAUUAGCAACAGAUGUGCCCCUCCUUGGUCCUCCUAUCCUAUUUAAGCUGUUUCAUGGGUAAGAUCUAGAGAUUCUUGAUUAAUUUUUACUCUUCUUUCCCUAGGUAGAAGAGAAGGUUGGUUGGAUGGUUUGUUCUUCUUUUUUUAAAAAAAAAUUAUGCUAUUAAACUGAAAAUCUCUGUUAAACUGCCUUAUCUUUUGUUCACUCAACUGUUUCCUUUGUAGUGUUUGACAACAGUGAUACUUUGAGUUCUAGAUCUCUGCUGCAAAGUAUUUUCCCCUAUUGUCUAUCUGUUGUCAGUAUUUUAUGUUGAAUAUGUGAAGAACAUUAAAGUCCUAAAACAUCUCA